CCCACCCAGCGUUAGAUAAUCCGGUCUGGGACCGAGCUGUGACCUCAGGCUGACGUGACGCUCCGGCCCGGCCCAGCCCAUCCUGCGAUGCGCCGCCGCUGUCUGCCCUGCAGUCUCGAGAAAACAAUAUUCCCACGCGUCGAGGACUAGCAGCCUACCAGCGCGGUUAUCUACAGCUGUAGAUGCUUUGUAUCCAAAACAGACCUACUGCCGACCAACUGCGGCAAGAUGUACCACUCUGACCACGGUGUUGACUUCCCCGACCUCUCCUUCCAAAUCCCUGGCAGCCCUGCAGAGCUAGGCCCAGCAAACAGAGUGUGAACACAACCCUCAACACACCACACAUCUACUUCCCCCCCUUCACCCACACCGGGCCUCCCUCUGCUCCAGUCCCACCCUCCCUCCUCCUGGACCAUGGACAGCCCUCCUAAGUUGUCAGGCGAGACCCUGAUCGUGCAUCAUAUCCCCCUGGUGCACUGCCAGGUAUCAGGAGGGCGGCAGGGAGGCUGCGGGGGCUCGCUUAAGAGGAGCAACCCGUUUAGCCCACCAGAGAACCUGGGCUUGAGUCGAACCACUUCCCUUCCUGAGAGAGACGUCCUUCAGAGAGAGGCUCUGCUCUACAGCAGCCUGAUCCAGACUUCCAGUGGCUCCUGCUCCUCCCACAACGGAGGAAGAGAGAGGAAGGGUGGUGGGAAAGGAGGCAGCACAGCAAGUGAUGAUUCAUCGUUUACCUCGAGCAAUUCAGAGGACCAGCUGAUUACAGCUCAUACAUUACCCAGAGCCAAACCAAGGAACAGAAAUCCGUUGCGUCAUAAUCCAUUCCUGCUGAAUACCGAAGAUGACGAGGAUGAAGAAGAAGAGGAGGAGGAGGAGGAGGAUGGUGACAACCUCAGUGGUUACCUUGAAGACUCCUCUUUUCACCUCCACAGUGACACUAACUCGGCCCUCGAUGACAGGAUGGCUUCUUUCCAAUUACACGACCUUGGCUUUGCUUCUGAGCCCUUUCUUUUGCACAGCUCAGUGGGUGGAAGCAGUCGGGAGUCCCUGAGGGGCGUAGCCUCGGAUCUCUCUAACCACCUGGAGGACCUGGACAUUAUAGGACUCGACAGCCAGCGGCGCCAUGGCAGCAGUGGUUCCAACAUGUCCAUGGAUUGCGGAGAGCAAGACUGGGGUGAUGAGGAUGAAGAUGAUUAUCAUCCUAUGAGGUGUGGGCGAAGCAGCAAGACAGGUUCGUACUCCUCCAGCUCCUCCACACAGCAUUGCUCCUGCUGUGCACUCUCCCAGAACUACCCUCAGCACUUCCCCGAAGCCUUCUUGGAGCCUUUCUCAGAGUGCCAGCAAGGCUACGGCAGCGACUCCUCUUGCAACAGCUCGGAUGGCGUGCUCGUAAACUUCAGCGCUAUUUACAACAAGAUGAACAACGCCAUCCCGGAGAAGGCGCCUGUCUCUGGGCACACCAACCUCAACAGCUCCACUGACCACUCCUGCACCUCGUCUGUUUCUGAUCCACCAGGAAACCAGCGAGACUCAACCAGAGGUGCUUUCUAUUUGGACCUUCACAUCUCCCCCACUGAACCUCCACUGUCACAGCAACAACCCUCCUGCCUUGGCAGCACCUUCCCACUCAUCCGUGAACCGCACCUGUCCACCUCAUCCACCUGCUCCUGCGCCGUGGAGCACCAGGGGGCUCUUGACCUAGACGCCAACUGCAACUCCUACCACCCUCCACAUUCUGGGUCGUCCGGAGACUUCGCGUCUUGUCUGCAGAGUGAGGCGCGUCUUGUUGUUGCCACCCAGAACUACUACAAGCUGGUCACCUGUGACCUUUCGUCCCAGUCGUCCCCGAGUCCUGCAGGCUCCUCGGUCAAUAGCUGCUCUGACGAACACAGCAAGGGCAGCCCCACCCCAACCCAGCCUAGCGAGUACUUCCUGUUCAGGCAGCAAGCUGAUGAGGGGGGCGUGUACGAAGAAGAUGAAGAUAGAGAGUCACCUAGGAGAGAUGAUAAUGACAAUGAUGAUGAAGAGGACGAGGAGGACGAGAAGAAGAAUCUGCAAGCAGCUAGUGGAGCAGAAGCUGCUCCUGCCGUGAUUGAAGGCCAGGUGUACGUCAACAUCUCCCCUCCUUUGGUUGGCCGGGGUGUUAUCGGAGGUGGAGCCUCCUCGGGAAACCGUCCCCGUUCUCGCAGCUACGACCGCAACCUGGACAAGUCUCCAUCUCCUCGGCUUGGAUCUCUGGAGCGUAUGUUGAGCUGCCCCGUCCGGCUCAGCGAGGGCACCGCCCCGACCCCGCCUCCUCCUCCACGAGUCACCUCCUUCGCAGAGAUCGCGAGAAGCAAGCGGCGAAACGGAGGUACAGGGGGCUCGCCAUCGCUGAAGACAGCUGCAGACCCUUUCUCCUCCACUUACUCCACCCACUCCCAAUCCUCGGUGGAUUUCUCUCCGAUCCUAGAGCAGCAUGUGGAGGUUGACAGUCACAGCCUGUCACCUGUACCCUUUACCAGAUGUUACAGUCAAGGCAGCAUUGAGCGACACCUGGAGGGGGCAAGGGAGACCAGAGCCAAGGCUGAAGGUGGUCUCUCGAGUUCCUCAGACAGCCACCCGGCGGUGGUCCGCUAUAGAAAGGACCAGCGGCCCACCACCCUCCCCAUUCAGCCCUUCACCUUCCACCACCAGUUCGCCUCCAAACCCCCACAGCCCAAGCCUCUGCUGCCCCUGCUCACAGGCUACGUCUCUGGGAUGCAGGCCCGCUCCGGCUCUGGUUCUGACUCUGGAGGUCCGGUGGGGGAGGACAGUGAAGAUGCAGCUGAAAAUGUGCACAGGUACCAGGGGACUCUGGCUGCAGCAGCCCCUCCUCCUGGCUCAGUUCGUCCUUCGCCACUUGGGAGCUACUCCCCGGUUCGGCUCCAGGGGGCGGCCAGCUCUGGGACCUGCUCCACCUGCACCCCAAGCCCACACAGCCUCUCCUGCCCGCUUUCAGCAGGCCAUGGCCCCCUGCACACCCCACCGAAAGGAAAGCAGGGAGGGGGUUCAGUGCCAUUACCGUCUACCCCUCCACCUCCAUCCCUGGGGGUGAAGAGAGGAACGGUGCCGCCAAUGCUGCCGGCGGUGCAGGGACACUGUUUCCAUCGUGGAGCUCUUGCCAGUUUACCAGCACUCCACAGUGACACACUGAGCCCGCUGGGCUGUCUGGACUCUGGAAAUCACAUGGAGGGAAGCAAAGGACCUGGAGCCAGGACACACAAUGCACACCACCUCUCUCCCCAGGCUCUCAAAUGGAGGGAGUACCGUCGUCAAAACCCUCUGGGAGUGGAGAGGGUCUCAGGAUCAGGCCCCCACUCGGGUAACCUGGAGCCCCGAAGGGGCGGGGGACCACGACCUGCCAGACGGAACGUGUUCGAUUUCCCUUCAGCCCUAUCUGGCCACACUCUUGGACGGUUAAAUGUGGGCCAAUCAGCUAAGCUGCAGCACAGCUACAGCGACUUCCUGCCAGACUACUUCUCCCUGACCGAGAAGCCCCCGGAGGAGUUUUGCCUCUCCCCCGACGCUUCAACUUCCUCCUCCAUCUGCUCUUCCUCACAGUCCCACAUCUCUGUGGACCUGACACAGAAGAGAGGUUUGGUGAAAGCCGUGAACACAGCAGUGGAUCUGAUUGUGGCACACUUCGGCACCAGUCGAGACCCAGAUGUAAAGGCUAAACUGGGCAACAGCUGGGUGAGUCCCAACGUGGGUCACCUCAUUCUGAAGUACCUGUGCCCGGCCCUGCAUGAGGUGCUGCAGGACGGUCUGAAGGCCUACGUACUGGACCUGAUCAUCGGACAGCGGCGUUGUCAGCCCUGGAGCCUGGUGGAGGCCUCCACACAGCUGGGCCCGUCCACACGUGUUCUCCACAGCCUGUUCUCAAAGGUGAGCCAGUACUCUGAGCUCACAAGCCACAGCAUGAGACUCAACGCCUUCAUCUUUGGCCUGCUCAACUUAAAAUCUUUGGAAUUCUGGUUCAAUCACCUCUACACACAUGAAGAUAUUAUAGCAGCACACUACAACCCGUGGGGUUUCCUUCCCCUGUCGCAGGGGGCAUGUCAGCCACUCUUUGAGGAGCUCCUCCUCCUGCUGCAGCCACUGUCGCUCCUCCCCUUUGACCUGGACCUACUGUUUGAACCACAUCUCCUCCAAAAGGGCCAGGAGCAUCUCCGCCGCAAGGAGCAGCUGUGCUCUGCAGGCCAGAGUGUCGACCAAUCAACUCGGUCCACCUUCCAGCUCAUGAGAGGAUGGAGCACCACUGUAAGCGAAAUGGUCAGAGACUCAAGUGCAGAGGUGAAGAGAGAGAGGGCGGUGCUGAGACGAGAGGGAACAUGGCCGAGGAUGCAAGGGGUCGGGUCGAGGAGAGAGGGAGCAGGAGUGAAUUCAAGGUUGAGGAAAGAGGGGGCAACAACUGAGAGCAUGACAGCCGGGCCUGUUAGCAGACCGAUAAUGAUGGAAGUAGGGUUUGCCAAUCUCUGGAAGGAGAGGAGCAUGGGGGGGCAGAGAGUGAAAGGCGUAGGACAAGAGAGCCAAGGAGAAGGUGACGAUGGACAGGAGAAGGACAGGAGGAAGGAAAAGGAUAUGGCAGACGAGGGGCGUCAGCGGCAAGAUAGACAGGCAGGCUGGUGGUACCAGCUUAUGCAGUCCUCCCAGGUAUAUAUCGACCAAUCCACUGAGAGGUCAAAGUUUGUAAAGACUGAGAAGAGGAAGAGGUCGUCAGAGAGACGACAUGGCCAGCUACCCCCCACCAGAGAGGGAGUGGUGGAGGGGGCAGAGUCAAGCCAAGAAGGGGAGGGGCAUAGAAGCAGGAAAAGCAGCAGUAGCUCUAGUGGAGAGUCAGCUGGAUCCAGGGGAAGGCCUUCGUGGAUGGGCAGCCCGCCAGAGUCUGUUGUCAACCAGGAGAAGGAGACCAAACCUCUGAAGGUUAUAGGGACUGGAGCCCAAGCUGCAGCCCAAGAGGAAAGCCCCUCUCAGGGACAGAGUCUGCGCUGGGGCAGGCUCUUUGGAUCUAGUGUUGGUUCUCCUUCGAGGGUGGAGGGGGCUGAACAGAACAGGGCAAAAGCUCAAACAACCAGGCCACCCUCAGGUUGGCUUUCUCUGGAUAGAUCUGUUCUUGACCUUGUAGCUCAGACUAUUGGAGCAGGGAGUGGGAAGAAGGCAGAGCCUCCAGCCACACCCACUCACACCCAAACCACACCUCCACUAAGGUCAACCCAACCAACUGAAGCCAAGAAACAGUCUCCGUGUGAAGUACGAGCAUUGUGCCACCACAUAGCCACCGAGCCUGGCCAGCUGAGUUUCAACAAGGGCGAUAUCCUGCGGGUCCUGAGCAAGGCUGAUCCAGACUGGCUGCUCUGCUCCCUGGGCUCCACGCAGGGCUUGGUUCCCAUCGUCUAUGUUACCCUCAAAAGCAUGGAGAACAGCCAGGAUGCCACUAGACUCGGGCGGUGCUGAGCCAAAACUGCCGCAGGAAGAAUUAAUGCACGAUGAAGGCAAACCGCUUUGGAGACAGAGGGUAUCCCUGCCACAUACCUACUGAAAACAGAAAACCUGUUUAUGGCUGCUGUUUGAGAUAACUGUACACUGGGGAUGAUACCCGAAAAAAACAUUGUAGAAAAUACGAAGAUUAUGAAGACGAUGUACAGACACAUGCAAGGGCAGCAUGCAGGCUCCAACACAAACUCACAUCCACCUCAUGGGUACAUCCAGACAAGUAUGCAUGCAUACAUCCAAAAACCAAGAGACCAGACAAGAAACAAACCCAAAGACACCCCAACACACGCUUCUUUGUCUGCGUGCAGCUGUGCUACUAGCUUAAUUAUGUGACAGUCCAGUCUAUACAGUAUAUCAUCCAUCUCUACUUUCCACAAAACAAGGAGGGGCUACUCACAGAUGGAAAACUUCACAAUAUGAUAUAUACCAUGCCUAGCUGCACUUUGCUGUACUGUCAGUACGUUCACCUAGCUGUGCCACACUUUGAACACAGUGCUCAGUUAUUGCCCUCAGUCUAACGCCGGGUCGGUUUGAUGUCCUGUUGCUUACUUGAUGCCGAUUGAUCGUUUUAAUUAUAUAUAGAAAUAGAAACCAGUGAAUCCUUUCUUUUUUGGUAAGAUUUAAGGUGGUUGAUGUAAAAGCAAAAAUUGUCAACUUUUUGAUCCACGUCUUCUCCAGUUGCAGACAUGUGAGUCAGCGUAUUAUUAUAAUAAUAAUAAUAAUUAAUUAAUUAUUAUUGUUAUUAUUAUUAUUAUUAUUAGAAGAGUAGAAAGCUACACAGGAGUUUGUUUAGAUGGCUGUUUAACCCAAGUGAAAAGAAGGCAAAGGGAAUGUUUCCAUUCCCCAUCUGUCUUAUUGGAUCACUCCUCAUCAAAGCCUGUUAAUAUGGAAACGAAGGGAUGGAUGGACUGACAAGCAAAUUGCCUUUUUUCCCCUCCUUUCCCUCACAAGACCCACCACAGCUGGGGUGAAUCAUGGUGGUUGUUUAAGUGCAUGUAGCCCCGCAAAAAUCGUUUUCCCUAUAAUCCUGUUUCACGUGUUCCUGCCGUAUCCUGCACCUCGGUCCCCCCUUAAUCUCUCAUUAAUGGGCACUUCACGGCUUUUGCGGAGGACACACUCAAGCAAGUGGCUACAGUCUGAGCUGUAUGUGUGCAUUUUGAUCUAUUGGUACAUACUGUAAAUGCAUAUAUGACUUACACACGUGGUGAGUUCUAUUUAUUUAUUGACCAGUUCAAAUAGCUGAGGGAAGCAUCUAAAUGGACGGUUGCAGAAAACAGGAAAGGAUGUCCAAUGAAAGCAAAGCAUAGCUGCGGAGGCCUUUUUGAAUGUGUCGGGGUCGAUUCAGCCUGGAAACUCUUAUCUGACAAAAUGAUUGCAAAUUAGUUAUGUGUGUUGCAUUUAGAGAGGGGUAAAUGAUGUAAUGUAUGCCUUAAAGCGCUUGAGGAAAAAAGGGAGAAUUGCCCUGUUGGACACUUUAAGGCUAGUGACCUAAUAUUUGUCCUGUCAUUAUAUUUUGUAUAUGCUAUGAAGUGUCCAACUUGACAUUUUCCCUAGAUUCAUGUCUACAGAGAUUCUUUUUGACUUCAAAGAAAAUAGAGAUGAUAUAGAGGUUAGAGGAUAUUUUUUGAUGCUUAAAGGGAAACCCCAACACAUUACGUGAUGGUGGCUUUGUGGGCAUUCCUGUUAGUAUGUACGUGCUACCUGUCAUGCCCAGGUGUAAAAUGUGGCCUUAGGUUCAAAAUGAGUUGACGAAGAACUAAAAUUACGGCUAUAUACAGUAUGCCUGGAUAGAUGCUGAGUGCAUACAGAUGCCCAAUCCGAAUAUUACACAUUAUAAAAUGGUAAAAUCAAUGUACAUUUAUUGAAUCAAUGAAUGCUUGUGUAGUUUUUGAAAAACUAACAUAGGAUAUAAUUUUGCAUUUUUAAUUAUCUUUUUGUUGCUUUAUUGUAUAGUUUGUACAGUCAUUUAAUUUCAGGAAAAACAAUUUAAUACUUCAUUUUCAUUUAACUGUAAAUAUAUUUAAAUCCAUUCAGUGAUUCAUUUCUGCCAUAGACCUAUACAUAUGAACGUUAUUACUGAUGUGUUAAUGCAUUUUAUGUUAAAUACAGGAAGCAGGUAUAAGCUUUAGUUUCAGUGCUGACAACCAUAAUGGCAGUUGGCCGUGAUGGUGGAAGGUAGGAUGAGUGGUGUGGUGUUCGGUCCUCCAGGCAGUUUGCUGUUCAUUGACAUCCUGUUCAGAGUUCACAUGGGACAGACAGAAAUAAACACAUAGUAGUGAUAAAGCCAGAGAGACAUGGGGGCUCAGGAGUAAGAGACAAAGACAGAUUCACUUUUGAUUUGGCAUUUGAUUAGCUGUAAUGUUGUGCUUUAAAAUGAGUGACAUUAAAGAGAGAAAUAAAGAAGUCUUGCUCCUUCUUUCUUUCUCUCUUUUCAGUUUUAUCUGCUUUCUCUCUCCCUGGCUGCCUCCUCCUGCCUGUAAAUACCUUCAGCAUCAGUGACACUGCUCUUCUCUCUGUGUCCAGGCUAUAUGACGUAUACGUAUGACAUUAUCAAACUACUAUGGAUGUUAAAUAACAAAGUGCUCAUGUGAUCACAAA